UUAAACUCCUUUAGAUUAGCCAAUAAAAUGCAAGUGCAAAAUUUGGCUGGAGAGGCCCUUUAAGAAACAAGACGAAUUUACAAAGGUUUGAUGGGGCAAGAGCCUGUGGUUAAGUGGCCAUAUCUCAGCCAAUUCGUAGUACCUUUAACUGGUUUUGCAUACUUGAAGGUAUUUCAUGAUGCUCUUUUAGGUUAUGGGAUCAAAAUUCAGAAAUUCUAAAAAUAUAUUUUUAUGACGUCAUCACUUCGGUACUCUAUAAACAGCAAUAACAAGCUUUCUUUCACUUUAGCAGAUCAAAUCGAGGUUGUAUCACAAUCGAGAUAAAAUGGCGUCCGGAAGAUCGAGAAAUGAUAAAGCUAGGGGCGAAAAAAUUUAUCAGAGGAUUGCAAGUAAAGUUGAGGAUGGUGACCACUAUGAAGCAACUCAAAUAGCAAAAACUCUCUUUUUCAGAUACAAGGUGCAAGGAAACUUUGAAGAAGCUGUCAAAAUAUGUUAUCGCUGUGCCACAUUGCUACUAAAGCAAUCCCAGCAUGAAAAUGGAAUAGAUUUAGCAAGAGACAUGAUAAAGUGUUACAAUGAAGGAAAAGUAAAUGUUAAUGAUGAUAAUGUUGAUCGAAUCGUUGAAAUUCUCAACCUUUGUGAGAAAAACUCACCAUCAAGAGAGGAUUUUUUGAGAGAAUCUUUACAAUGGUCCAAUACAGGGUACAAAUUUGGACAUCCAAAAAUUCACCAAGCAGUUGCCAUCAAGUAUUGGGAAGAAAGAAAUUAUAGCUCAGCAAGGCAGCAUUUUGCCCAUGGUCAAGAAGGUGAACUCUAUGGAGCCUUUUUAGUUGAAUAUCAUGUGACAUCAGGCUAUCCAGGAGAAAUUGAUCUCUUUGUUACACAAGCUGUUUUGCAGAUUCUGUGCUUACAAAGAAUUCCAGCUGCAAACAUCCUUUUCUUUACAUACACUGGAAAACACCCUGGAAUAAAAAGAUGUAACAAACCUUACAAGCAGCCACUCCUGAACUUCAUUGCUUUCUUACUGUUAGCUGUUGAGAUAGGAUCAUUGCAACAAUUCACCACACUUUGUGAACAGUAUCAUCCAUCAAUUUCAAGAGACCCCAUGUACUUUGAGUAUCUAGACAAAAUAGGUCAGGUAUUUUUUGGAGUGCCACCCAAAGAAAGCAAGAAAAAAGAUGGUUUCGUUGGAAUGUUAGAUGAUAUAAUGCGAAAUAUGAUGGGCGAUUCACCAAUGGAAAUCGAAGCAGCAGUUGAAGAGGAGGCUGAUUAAAUCCACAUUAUACAAAUUAUCUUACUUGCAAAUAAUUUUCAGAAGGUCUUAUUGAGAUGUGAAAUGACUGCUAGACCCCAAAAAACUUUCUGUGUUAACUAAUCGUUUUCACUGUUGGAAAGCAUCUCCAGUGUUCAAAAUCUUCAACAGGCUCAAUAAUGUCACUGAAUUAUGGUCACACAACCACAACCCAUAGAUGCUAGCAAUAUCAAAGGCACCUCUGCUGCUAAUCCACUUAAGUCCUAGAAACAGAGACGAAAGCAAUAUUAGUUGUUCGUGUAAUGAUCAGUAAUAAGUAAAGUAAUAACAUUCUGUAGCUUGAUUGCAUUGAAGAGCCUCUCCAGCCAAAUCUUGCAUUGCCCUAUCAUCAACUACUCUUUUGAAACUUUACUUCAUGAUUACAAAUUUGUUACAAGUUUCUAAUAUUUUGUAUGGUUUUUCAGGUACAACCCCUUGAAUUUUGAAAUUGGAACGGAAUUAUGAAAAAAUAAAUUUUUGAUUUGGUGACGUUAUGACGUAGCUUUGUCGUCAAUUUGUAUUUCGAAUGACCUUGCCUUCGUUUGUGAAGCUCCAGCCUUGUUUUGGAAUUUUGACAAAUGAAAAUGAAUAAAUUUUUGCCUGGAGAGGCCCUUUAGUUGACCUGCUUCUUCGUCACUUUCAUAAUGCAAUGGAAGGGUGUCAUCAUAUGACUUUGGUGUGAUAUAAUGUUAGCUAGUCAUGAAAUGUUAUGCAGUGUUAAUUACUCUUGACUCUUUAAGUUACUUAUUCCAACGUGCAAAAAAUACAUACCUACUUUUUACAUUCAAACAACGCUUAUUUGAAUUUCCAAGUGUUUUUGUAGGAGUUUUAGAAGGCAUCAGGAAUCUACCAGUUGAGAAAGUCGAUACAAUUAUGCUUGUAUUAGUAUCAUGUACCAGGCUAGUCAACCCAACACAUUUUUCAGCCUAAGGUUAUCAUCUUUCGGUCGUCCUUCUUCCGUCGAAUUAUCUCUUCAUACGCGGUCCGUUAUUUCAAACAGUUUCAAAAUAUUCUGGCAAUAAACAUUGUAGCGUUCCUCCCUAUUUAUUUAUAUUUCACUACCCAAUCAAUGUUACAAAAAAUCCUGUCAGAUUAUUUAGCAAAAUUUAUUUUGUAAUCUCUAGUUUGCACACCCAAUAGAAAGGUUCGUUCAAAGUCUUUUGAAAAUUUUUUUGCUUGCUUUGUCAUAAAUGAGUAUCUUUAUUGUUUUAAUAUCUAAUUUAAGAAAUAUUGAAAUAAUCUAAAACAUAAUUAAAUUCAAUAAAGGUUCAGUGUUUGAUAUGCGAUCUGUUGCCAAACAACGUAGUUUUAAAUGUUUUUGAAAAGAGUUCAUACCUUCUA